AUAUACUGGACUAAAUGGUACAUAGAAAAAAAAAAAAAAAACUAUGAGAAAUAAUAUUCAAGGACUAUUACUUAAAUGAUUAAACAUGUGUUUAUAUAUAAAAAAAAAACAAUCACCAUGGCUUUCAAUAUUUUACUAUUGUCAAAAUGUUUAAUAAUUUUCUAAAAAAAAAUAUAGUCAAAUUCAAAAUUACAAGUACGUAAUAUAAAAGUGUACAAUUAAAAUGAUGGAAGUGUGUUUCCCAUUAACCAGUAACGAUAAAUUGUGCAAAAAACAUUUAGUUAUCGACGAGUUGAAGAAACUUGUCAAGAAUGUGGAAUGUUGCGAUGAUAAAACACCAAUCUGCAGGGCUAUUAAGAAAGCCGAUGAUAAGCAACCUGGUGAAACAAAGUGCUAUUGUGGGAGUUCACCCGGGUACCAUGAGCAUGUGAUGAUGGAUGGGCAGCUUGCCAGGGCAGAGAAGACUGAGGGAGAGAGCAGUUACAAAGCAGUGGGCGCGAGGUGGUGUCCACCCUGCGUCCACGUUAAGCCCUUGAUGGAUCCGAUUCACAGCUGCUACAGGGCAGACAAGGGUCAAAGCAAACAUGGCGAUGGAAUUGUGCCCAGGAAUGGAAUGCCGUCGCAGGAGCGUGUGAGUGCUGGAGAUUUAAACCGUUCUGUCAAACGGCAAGAAAUUGUGAAUAGGACCAGCUCUGCCCGACAGCACGGGAGUGUGAAUAUGGCAGAUUCCAAUAGACUUACCUGUCCGCAAGAGAUUAUGAGUGUAGACAAAUAUCAAAGACCUGACGGGCAGCAGGGGAGUGAUGGUGAGGGCGGUCGCCAAACCUCUUUCCGACAGGGGACGAGGACGGAAGGCAGCACUGAGGCCAUGGACGCCACCCAGGACGAAGUCUUCGGCGGGCAGCGCUGUCCAUACCAGCACCCGGAACCGACCAGGGUGAACUACUACUGUCCCACUGGGGACCCCAAACAUGUACAUUGGUCACCGUCUCAUACCCAUGGCUGCAGGUACCCCAACACCUGUGUGGCCAGCUGCUUCCAUCAUCCUGUAUACCACGACUGGAUCUACCAGCAGCCCAAGUACAAGUCCUAUCUACAGAACGUCAACGACAAGCCCUUCAUGAAAGGUUUUUAGAUUUUAAUUGUUACAAACAAAAAAAAAAAAAAAAGAAAAGAAUAAUAAAUAUAUAAACCUAUUCAGUAUAUUCCAUUUUUUCAGUAAUAGGGCUUCAUCUCCUUCUUCUUUUUAUUCCCAUGACUCUUCGAACCACUGCUAGUUCCUCCGAUUACUUCAGCAAAUAUUCCUUUGGAAAACAGUUUCCCUAUCCCCAGGAUCCUUCGAGCAUCCUCCGUUACGCUUCAGAACUCAGCAAAAACGCCUUAAAUAUAUCCAAUGAUUUAUAGCAAGUUGCAUGAUUAAUGUGGCAAAAACAGACUUUUUACUUAUAUUUUAUUGAAUAUCUUUGAAA